GCCGUAUUACAAGCCUAGCGGUUUUUCAACUUGGAUGUAGAAACCCCGCCCGCGAGAGCUUGUACGUGACAUAAAAAGUAUUCAACUAAAUAUUUCCCGCGCGAUACUGCUUUAUACUGAGUUCAGCAACGCCAUAAACAGAAAACCCGUAAAGAUGGCCGGAAUACUGGAGCUCCCCAAACCCAGAAUAACCUGCGCGCUGCUGUCGCAGUACAUAAGCAGACCGGUCUGCUUCGUUGGGCGCGUGGAGAAGGUUCACCCGACGGGGAAGUCGUUCACUGUCGCGGAUGGAGAAGGGAAGAUCGCAACAGUUGAGCUGAACGACCCUCUUGAAGAAGAGCUGAGCGGUAUUGUGGAGGUCAUCGGCAUGGUGUCCAACAAAGGAGCUAUAUUGGCCAGCACAUACAACCUGCUGCGAGAGGACAGGGGCAUCCCCUUUGACCUAGAACUCUACACUGAAGCCCUGAAAGUCAUCCAUGAAUUCCCGCAGCACUACCCAUUCGAAGUGGCUGCGAGUGGAUGAGGAGAAGGUCACUGUGAGGUUCAUAUGUCCACUUUAAGUUGUAUAAAGGAGAGUCUGUAAAGUUCUGUUGGUAAAUUAAAACCUGUAAAGACCAUA